AUGUCUAUCUCGCCGGCUGUCCAGAGCCUGCUAGAUCGGAACAAGGCGAUUGUGCCGCAAUUCCAGCCGCUGAAUCUUUCCCUGGCUGCGGGGACAAAGCCUCUUCCGAUGGUAGCUGUUGUUAGUUGUACUGACCCUCGUGGUCUGCCAGAAAAGAUAUUUGGCGUCACGUCGAACGAAGUCUUCAUGCUUCGUGCUAACGGCGGCCGAAUCGAAACUGUCUUCAACGACAUGUUGGCAUUGGAUCACUUCUUUGGUGUGACAGAUAUCGUUAUCUUGCACCAUACCGAUUGCGGUUUCAGCCACAUGACGCAGUCGAAUAUCCAUGCCGACCUCCAACGUCGGUUUCCCGAGGCUGAUCCGGCGUAUAUCGACUCGCUGCCCUUCCGCACUAUUGAUAGUUUGGAGCAAAGUGUUCGAGACGACAUUCAAUUUAUUCACAAUUCGGUUCUCGUAGCGAAGGAACUGAAGGACCGAACCGUUGGUUUCAUAGUUGACAUCAACACUGGGCAACUUACUCAAGUCCAAGGAAGAGUUGCCUAUGCGGCACAGUAG